CCAUCUAUACGUUAUCAUCAUCAAAACUUUAUAUAAAUACCCCUUCAUUGGGCCGAUUCUUUUUAUCCUUGUUUCAUCGUAGGUUUUAUCGAGGCUAUCAGAUUCCCACUUCAUCACUGAUCACUCAGAUCAAAGAAAGUUGACGAUGGCUCGAUUGAUUAUUCCCUGCAAAGGUUCGAGCUUGCCGAGGACUUGUCUCUUGGGUUUGAUUUCGUCUGCACAUCUUCAACCUACAUGUCGUAUCCCAUCAGUAAAAUACUCCAACACCAUCUCUAAAUACAGGCUUUAUCAUAAUUCACAGCAAAUUAUACGCAAAAGUUGCCGAUUUCCAUACCUUUAUUCACCGAGAACUAAUCAAACAAGUAGGAGACUCAUUUGUUCUGUGGCAACCGAAUCCGUGUCAGAAUCAGUUGAAGAAUCGAAAAUGGAGGGUCCUAAAGAGAUUUUCCUAAAAGAUUACAAAUUACCAGAUUACUACUUUGAUACGGUGGAUUUAAGUUUUUCAUUGGGUGAAGAAAAGACAAUCGUGUGUGCAAAAAUCAAUGUUGUUCCUAGAGUCAAUGGUGUCGCUGCUCCAUUGGCUUUGGAUGGGGUUGAUCUCAAGCUGAUUUCGGUUAAGAUUAAUGGCAUUGAACUGAAGGUAUGGAACACUAAAGCUUCCUAUUAA